AUGACGAAGUCGGCUAAAGGCAACAGUCUCGUCAACGUGGGGGGCUACCGGUUUUCGUUGAAGAAGAACAGACCCAAAGGCCCCAAGCAACGGUGGCGAUGCUCCUCCCACCACAAAAAGGUCUCACAAUACAUAGUGAUCCGACGUGGUCGCCAAAUGCUGAACAUCAAGGGAUACUUGUACGGUCUGCAGUACAACACAGGCCCGAAGCGGAUUUGGCGAUGUACCAGCCACUACUACAAAGGUUGCCUGGCUUCAGUACACACCUACAAUGACGAUAUAAUCCUACGCCGCCACGAGCACACUCAC